CCCUUUCACUUCACCAGUUUUUGCGAAGCCGGACGCGGAGAGGUUGCUGGCGGAAGAGCUCCGUCUUCGGGUUUUUUUCUGACUCUCCACGGUCCGCCAUCUCAGCUAGCAGAAUGAGCCAAGUUCCAGGGAGGACGGUUCCUACUGUACCAGGUUUAGGAGCGACUACAGCGGCGGGUGCGACAACGGUGACGACCGCUCAGGUGGCCGUGCCGGGUGGGUCCAACUCCAAGGGUGCCACGACAACCACCGUGACGGCGACCACAGGGGGCGGGAAGGGGAAAUACCCCAUGCCGAAAGCGUCGGGGACAGUGACCGCUACCACCUCGGCCGCGACGACUGCGGUCCCAGGGACCAGCUCAGCCUCCGCCUCAGAGGUCCCUGCUCAGGGCGCGGAAACGCCGCAGGAGCUGAAGAGACAGUUGGACGAGCUCAAACAAGAGGUCCAGGCAAUGAGGGAGAAGAAAGUCUCGACAGAAUCCCUUCUCAACGAACUCAAUAUCUACUGCGCCACUCACCACGAUGCAACUUUCGCGCCCAACCAUGCCAUGGCCUUGGUAGACAAUCUGGUCUCGGUAGCGAGGAGAGAGGGUCAUGAGCGAGCUGAGGAGUUUGAGGCCUUCGCAGAAGAGUUGGUCACGGAAAAAUCGAAGCCCUUUUUCGAGCCAUUGGUUAGACGACUCUUCGGCUCUGCUGUGAAGGCUCAGGCGGCGUCUAAAGUUUCCGCCUUCAUAAAAUCCUGGAAGGCAGUGAAGGAUGUUGGUGCUAAGAGUGCCUCAGCUUCGGUCAAGACCCGCUAUCCUGGUCCCAGUAAAGAUAGAAGUGUGAAGGGACAUUGGGGAAAAUUAGGGAAAAACCAAUGCGCUAAGUGUCUGUUACAGGGCCACUGGGCCAGGGACUGUCCCGACAACACUGAGAGUAAAGAGUAAAACGCUGUGUAGCCGACGAUGGACCGGAACGACAUGGAAUUCGGAUGAGAAUUGUGUAUUAAAAAAAAAAAAAACUGUUAGUAGAAGAGUUGUAUCUGUAGUACGUGAUAUGUAAAGACAGAGAUAAGAGAAUGACUAUUUAUCUGUUGUGGAAAUCAUAUUGGUUAAAGUGACUCAUUAAAGCACUGA